UGCCGAUCAAUUGAUCUCUAAAGUAGUCAUGCAGCUCUCAAAUUUAUUUAUAAUUUUAAUCAUUAAUACAUUAGCCUGUAUAAAUGCUGAAAAAGUGUGUGAAUUAUCAACGAUUUGCGGCAAUGCGGCGUCUAUACGAUCGCAAAUGAUUGCAGUGCGUGUAGAGCAGGAGCGACAAGGGGAGUUACUAGAAGGUUUAAAUGAGAAAGUGGACAGCUGUCUGUCAAAAAUUGGAGUGGAGACAAAGUUGUACGGAAAAAGUUGUGCUGAACCUUCAGUACUCACCCAGCACAGUGAAAUAAAUGUGAUCGUGGUGCCCGAGUACAGUAAAAACCCGUUUAUGGUGGCCUGCGAUCAGUUAAGUCAAGGUGGUGGUUGGACCAUUUUUCUACGACGCACAGACGGCAGUGAGGAGUUCUUUCGAGAUUGGAACGACUAUAAAAACGGUUUUGGAAAGCUAGAGAAUGAAUUCUUCUUGGGCCUUGAUAAGCUGCACGCCAUAACUUCAUCGCAGACCCAAGAACUGUUGGUUCUACUCGAAGACAAUGAGGGAGAUCGUCGAUAUCAGAUGUACGAUAACUUUAAAAUUGGCUCUGAGCAGGACGGCUUUAACCUGGAAUCAUUGGGCAAUACUUCGGGAAACGCCGGCGAUGCUUUGGCCACCCAUUUGGGCCAGAAGUUUACCACCAAAGAUCGCGACAAUGACAAACAUGCCACUGCCAAUUGUGCCACAACCUACAGUAGUGCUUGGUGGUACACUGCCUGUCAUCACAGCAAUUUGGCUGGCAAAUAUGGCGAUAACACCCAUGGAAAGGGCAUCAACUGGUAUCAGUGGAAGGGGCAUACCUAUUCGUUAAAACGUGCGCAAAUGAUGAUAAGGCCGAAGAGGCAGUGCAAUUAAAAAAAGUUUUUUUUUGAAAACCCGAAAUCCCUAUUAAAAAAUGUUUGAUUAACUUAUA